AUGUUUUCACCAGAGGCUUCUUCGCUCGCGAGCAUACGGAGCGCGCGCACACGGCGGCGCCAGCGCAACGACUCGGACGGAUCUCAGCAACAACAACGAAGCCGCAAGCGAAGCAAACUCAACAACGAGACGUUCAAGGACCCGGCCGGUGCCAACGGAAAUGGCAGUGCCCUGAUGAAUGGUCACGCUGUGCAGAGCGUAGGCGACUCAGCCGUCCUGGUGGAUAUGCCUCUAGUUGUUCGCGAGAAGAAGACAGCGCCAAAGCGCGCGCUCAAAGAGGACACCGGCACAUACCUUACCAAGAACGCAAACUACAGCGUCAAGAAACUGCCCGGGUUCCCGUCAGCGCUCCUCCGCCCGUCGACCCCGAUAUAUGCAACCGCCCUCCCGUCCGCCGGCCUCGCACUUGCCCUGACCUCAGAUCGCGCCCUUGUCUGGGACUACAGCGCCCCCAACGGCCCCACAAAGGUCGUCUCUCUAAACCUGAACUUCGGCCUACGCCAAGGUGAACCUCUUCCACUGGGCGCAAUCGUUCGUAACGGUCCCACCAACGACUACGGUAUCGUUGCGCUCGCACCUUCGACAGGCAAGAUUAGCUUCUGGGAGAACAUCGACAGCGCAGACGCCCGAAGCCUAUACCCCCAGCGCCAGCAGGGAGUAGAGGGAUUUGUCAAGUUGUACUCCGGAGAAACCAUAACUGGUCUGGUCGAUGUGGAGCACGCAGGCUAUGUCCUGGUCUUCAGCAGUGGUAGACUCGCCCAGCUGACCUUACGCGAUUCCCAGGGUAGACCAAGCAUUGCGACAACAGUCUUGAGCGCACCAAAUGGCUCGGGAGGCAGCUUCUUCAGCUUCAAAGGCCUUCUCGGAGGAUCGAUCCGGAAGACUAUCGCCUCAGUCAAGGCGCGGACAUCGCAGUCCAAGGGCCAUAUGGAGGUCAUCUCGGCGACACGAAACGGCCUCUUUCAGACCUGGGACUUGAGCUGGUCAGGACAAAACAACCACCAACGAGACGUAGACGUACACGAGGCGAUCCUUUCGGCAGUUCAAGCAGACACCGUCCCAGAAGUACGGAACCAGCAGGACGUGCAAGUGCUGGAUUUCGCCAUUAUGGACCAGCAACAGGGCCAGGACGCUGUGAAUCUUUUGGUUCUGGUGGCGCUGUCUGGCCGGGAUUCGUUGGAAUACUUCCUUGUUGAGGUGGAUCUGUCAAGGACUGCUGGUACGAUCAGCAGGGCGAUACCAGUCCGCAACUUUCACCAGAACCAGUUACCGAAGGAGCCUACCGGAACGCUUCUUCUGCCACAGCCCGGACACACAGCCUAUGUCCAGUUUCCAGGAGCAGUGUUCAUCGCAUCCCUCGCUCAGCCAGAGGAAAGCCCUGAAGCACAGCUGCUUGCAGAUUCAGGACGUUCUAGUCUGCCCUUCCAGGAUACCGUUUACUUCCGGCCAGAAGUGACACUCGCGGGCAACGCAUUGGAGACCUCAUUACGAAAGGACAGAAAAUCGACAGCCCUAAUCUUUGUCCAACAAUUCGGUCUUUUACAAAUCGGCGCAUUGCCCCCCACGACAGACGAUCAGGAUAGGGAGUGUGUGAAGGUUACCGCACGCAGCAAACUCGAGCAAGCCACCUUCUUCAGCACGAUACCCGCAAACAUCAUAGACUUUUCUGUCAAGUCACGAUUCUCAUUCGCGGAAGAGGAGACUGCCGAAGCUGCUCUUACAAUCAGCGCUGGUAUCUUAAGCUCAGCGUACGACUAUCUCGAGAAGGGUGUUUCUAACUUGGACGACCAAUUCCAGCAACGUUUGUUUGCUCUCCGAACCCUGAUCUCUCAGCUACAAACCGAAUAUCCUCCCGUGGAUUUUCAGACAAGGUGGCGGCUCUUGUGGCAUGCAGAGAAGCUCGCAGCUUCACACAAACUUUGGCUCUGGUACCAGGAUAAGCUGCAUGACCAACAAGCUCAUCCGGAUGCUUUUCCCGAGAAGAUUUUGAUGGGCGAUAUUGUCAGAGCUCUGAAUGAACGCUAUAAGACUGCCAUUGAUUCCGAGCUCGGCGAAAACGACACGAUUAGACAAUUCUUCGUCAAGGACGUUGACAGUCUCCACACACUAAUACCCUGGGGCUGGUUCUACCUGCGGACGUUCUAUAUGAAGGAGGGCCUAAAGCAAACCCCGUCUAUCAUGCAGAGGCUCAGUGAGGGCACUGAUGUCAUGCUUGUCACUCUGGAAACAGCGUUCGAAUUCCGGCAAGCAAACGUAGAGGUAUAUGGUCUCGACCCCGAUUGUCUGGACGACGGCAUCCUGAAGUCGGCACAUGGCUAUGACAUGCUACCUCAGUUCUGGACUUCAUCUCACAACAUUGUCAGCUCUAUCCGUAGCCUUAUCGACGUUGGCCGCAACCUUGCUGUGGACAACUAUGAGGAAGGCGACCAAGAGAUCCUGGCGCAGAAGAUCGGCAAGGAUAACCCUCGUUUGGUGAAGCUAGGAUGUCAGACUCACAUCGAACGGUUCCAGUGGGCUCUUGCACAAAGCGAUGAAAAGACCCGAGCCAUGGGGCGUAGUCUCAAGGACGAGUGGAACAACAACGUCCGGCCGUCUCACAUCAUGGGUCUGAUGGAGAUUGGACUACCCACCGAAGGAAUGGAGCUGGCUGAGCAGUACCGUGACAUGUCCACACUUGUCAAUCUGAUCUGGGAAGAGUCGAACUGGUUAGAGACGGAGAAAGCCAACACUCGCAGCAAGAUGGAGCAGGCCGAAAGCACAGUCAAGCUGAACCGGAUAAAAGAGCGUAUUGCACGCUACUUUGACGUCUAUGGCGACGAAUGGGCUGGAGCGUUCUACUCAAAGUACAUCAACGAGAACCAAGCAGGGCAGCUUUUCAUGAAGGAGUAUCUCAACCAGCCGGCACUCACCAAGUUCUUGCGAGCUGAGCCAUCGCGUGCCCGGCUCGGAUGGAUCAAUGAAGUCUGUGGUGAGAAGGAUUACGAGGCUGCUGCUGAACUUCUUUUCGAGGCUGGCUCAAAACAGGAAACCAAUGCGUGGUGUCAGCGCGUUGAGCUCUCCAUGGCCAAGCUCGCUCUGCUCUGCAAGCAGGAAGCAAAGCAUGGCGAUGACCAGCCGGUGGUUGAUCCGCGCAGAGAGAAGCCUAAGGCAUUGAAGAUGCGUGAAGCCAUGUACCACAGCAUCGAUCAACAACUGGAGUACACAAAGAUACAGGAGGAGGUCUAUGAGCGGCUACUACCCAUCAUCACCGGAGCUCUGGACGAGGACUCUGCGGUGGAACUCCUCAUGGCUGAGUUUGGUCAGGGCCGUCUGAGGGAUCGACCAGCACACCAAGCGAUUCUAAAGGAGGGCUUUGAGAACCUGGUCCACCACAAGGUCAUCGAUCCUGCCCUCAUGAUUGACAUACUCACUCUCAUGAACGCAGAUGACAGCGAAGAAGGCGUUACUUUGCUCGGAAACGAUGAGUUCAUCUAUGCUUUCAGGGUCCUGCUUGUCAACUGGAACAACAUCCACCGGACGACUCGUGAUGGCCUACUGAAGCUUUUCUGGAAGCGACUGUGUAUCAAAGACAACUGGGCAGCGAUCAACACCACCAAGGAAGUUACUGAUGCUGCGAUAAACGAUGUGUUGCAAGAUACAACCAUGGCAUGGACAUUCCGGACCUUGAGCGGCAUGUGCAUCAACAACCCUUUCGUCAGGACGCUAUGGCCGAAGAACCUUCGCGAUCUUCUAGGCGCAGGAGGAACACAUGGAGAACUCUGUGUUCGCUUUGCCGCCGAAGAUCUUCGCAACCCGAUCAUCAAGGACAAUCUCCUGGACGACGACAUCCUUCGCGAGCAGGUCAACAAGAACAGGCUCACGGAUUGGUUCAAGGCAGCUUGGACAGCGGGCAAGACGAUGUACGCACGCGAGCUGAAGCAGCAGGGCAAGCCCACUCCUCAAGACGUGGCUGCAGCCCCUCAAAUUGCGGAGGAAGAUGCGGAGGACGAGGCGGACCAGGAAGCUGCUGGGUCCGAGACGUUUGAUGGUGACGAUGAGAGCGCACAGCAGGAGCAAGACGUGGUGAUGCAGGAUUCAUGA